GUGCCCAGUGGUAGCCAGAGCAGUCAAGCGCAGAUCACCAGCCCCGCAGAUCUUUUCAGGCUCAUGGAGUCUGCGGUGCAAUCGGAAGCUCCUGCGGGUUGCUAUCCUUCGGCUGGCGGGGCUCUGGAGCGUGCUGGGGUGUCAGAUACCGUCCGGGAGCACGCAUUGUCCCACCCGAGACCUGAUGCUCAGGGCGAUCCUCCCAAGCGGGUCUCCAAAUUCAAAGCGGACCGGGCG